GAACGUCGUCACUCAGCAACAGACAGAGACAGCCUAUGUAAACAAGGUACCCACUCACACACACUCAUUCACUGCAGAGCGAGGAUGCGGAGUAUAGGUAGACUGUCGGCGGUGUGUGUGAUGUGAAGUAGUGAGAAAGGAAGAUCUUUGUGAACAUAUUUAUCCUUUUAUACACCUGGGCAGCUCGAGAGUCUACUUCAGGUAGGUUAAAUGCGAAAAGUCAGUAUAUUGUAAUUUUGCAGUUCUUAAGUUGCAAAGUCUUCCACGCAGCAUGAUGCAUAUUCCAUCAUGGAAAGUCAUAUUGUGUCUGAAAACAAUCAGAAUAGGCUUAUAUAUUUAAUUCGCAUGGCUAUACCUCUUUGCAAGCGUGCGUCAGGAAUAGCCUGCUACAGCGUGAAGUACGCAUUUUUUUACUAGAAUAUAGUUGACUGACUACAAAUAGCCUUGUAUUAAGAUUUCCAUAAUCUGCAGUUCAUUGACAUGUCAGGUUAAGUUUUGGUGUAUUCUUACAAAAUAAAAAAUGACUUUUUAAGUUAAGGUCUACAGACUUGUGUGCUCUGCCACAUGCAUGUAUUUUACACACGGGAGGUACUCUUAAGGUGCCAAAGGUUGUGAACCUCUGAUAAUCUGGACUCAAAUGUGCAAGAAUGGAACCUCCUUCCCUCUACUACGUACUGUUCUACAAUAACAUACUUACUUAAGAUUUAUUGUCUGCCAUGUUAGACACGUUUAUAAAGUGAAAAGGGCGAUCAAAACACCACACUCUGACAUGUAUCGUGGACAAAACGUAUCCAAUUUAAUUCGCUUAACGGCUUAGUGGCACGGGCUCGGUAGAGGUAUAUCUUGUGCUGAUGCACGUGUUACGUGCCUGUGUGCGACAGUUCAUUAAAUCCCUAAGGCACAAGUGGAGGUAUCAGGCGCGUAAGGCUUUGUCUAAAAAGUGGAGUGCUUCAAUUUGCCCCCUAUGCCCCUAUAAUGAUAUAACGACGAACUCUUCUUAGCAGGGAGUGAAAUUGCGGAAAGCACACCAGGCCUGUCAAGAUGAUGAAGGACUGCCUGCAGUUUCUCAUUGAGCCGGCGAAAAAUCUUAAGAUUCGCAUAAAGGAGUCCCGUAAGAAGGUGAAGCAUGAGAAGAAGGAACCGCUACUGGAGUCUCAGCUCUUCAUCAUGGACCUGGCUCGAGAACUCAACAGACUCUGCCAGAAAUCCGAUGUCCUGGCCCAUAUCUGGACGUGUGAGGACGUUUGGCCUCCUAACCUGUGUCGGGAGUUUAUCAUGGAGUGGUCAGCCACGCUGGAGAAUAAGCAGAGGAGCCUGCUGAUAAGCCCCCCCCCAGAGCGGCGUGACUGGAGGGGUCACCUCCUCAGCAUGCUGGAGCAGGGGGGUCAGGGGGGUGAACACGACAUGGGCCUCCACCGCUGCAUCAUCAUGGACUGGGUCAGGGAGCAGAAGGCCAAGUACCAGCAUGGGGUGUGGCCGGGGGAGCCGGUGCUGAUGGUUCUGGAUGACCUUGAGUUCCAGUGGCGCAGAGGUCGGCUGUCUCACCUGCGCUCCGCCAUGGAGCUGGUCAUCUGGGCCGUGCGGGCUCAGAGUGCAGAGAAGGAGACCAUCCCUAGACUGUGGUUGGCCCACAAACAGAGGAAUCAGAAUAUCGAUGCAACUCGCUACGUCCCUCAUGCAUUAUGGAACUGGAUAUGUGAUGCAGCAGAGGAGGUGACCCUUGACCCCGAGACAGCGAACCCUGACCUGGUGAUCUCUGACGACAACAAGCGCAUGCGCUGCGGCUACGAGAAGCGCGACAUGGCGGACUGCCGGCGGCGCUUCAAUGGCUGGUGGUGCGCUCUGGGCUCGGAGGGCUUCAGCGCGGGGCGCCACUACUGGGAGGUGGAGGUGGGCGACCGCGACUGGCGCCUGGGUGUGGCGCGGGCCUCGGCGCUGCGUCACGGCUACCGCUCGCUCAACACGGAGAGCGGCUACCUGACGCUGCGUCUGGAGCGCGGCCAGGAGCUGAAGGCGCUAACGGUGCCCUACACGUCGCUGCCCCCGGACCUCCCGCUGCCGCGCAAGGUGGGCGUGUACCUGGACUACGAGGGCGGCCAGCUGUCCUUCUACGACGUGGAGCGCCGGGCGCACCUCUACAGCUACACCGACACCUUCAGCGAGAAACUUUACCCCGUCUUCGGCACGGUCGAGGUGGUCAGAGACAUGGUGAUCAGGGAGGCACGGGCAAGAGAACCCUGCUUCUGCCCCGGCCCGUGUCUCUGGAGCUAACUGCCCCACCACCGCCACCACCACCACCCUACCAUCCCCACCUGUUACACACACAGGUGUCCGUGUUCAGGUGCACAUACAAACCCUAAAGCCGCCUUUACUUGAUUGCGUGGUUUUUAGCUUUGAUUAUCGCUAGCCCCCCUAGGCAGACGUCACACUACAACUAUUACUAUAAUGGCGGAGAGGAAAAGAAUGGCGGAUAGCAUGAAGCGUCUAAUUUUAUUGGCGUUAUAGUACCCUGUGUGGUAUGAUUGGCCACGCUUAUGGAUCAUGGAAAUGCUUAUGAAUCAUGUUAUAACUAUACUUGACAGUUAUUAUACAUGCUAAUAUUAGAAGAUAAUGUAGAAUUUCUAAUGAUUGUAUACACCAUAACCAUAGCAAUGCUAUCUUUCGGUAGGACUGUCAGAUUGGAUCUGUAGUACAAGGCCAUUCAGUUUUGAACGAAUGUGGACCUCUGUCGGACCCAUUCGACGCAUAUGGUCUGCGAUUCCACUUAGGGAAUGAAUGACGAAUGAAACUACGCAACCACGUAAAGGCAGCUUAGUGGCAGCGGACUGGAACGGAUCUGGCCAGAGUCUGGUUUGAUUGUGGACCAGGUCCGGUCUGGAAUCGGCUGUCAGGCAGCUGUUUUCACUGUGCUUCACUGUUUUCAUUGCUUGGUGAGUUACGCUUCCCUUCCUGAUCCUGGAGGAUCCUCUCACACCUCCCACUGGAAACAGUUUGACUUCUAGCCCUUUCUUUGCAUUAAUGCUUUAUUUUUCAUUUUGAUGUUCAUUUGUGAAAUGUUUUGGUUUUGCUCUUUCUACCAGUAUUGAAAUAAAAAUGUACCCAGUAAA